AUGGGAAAUCAAUGCCAAAAUGGAACCUAUGGGAGCAAUUACAACAACUACAACCACUUUCAGAAGGAGCCUUUGGCUUCUAGGUACUACGAUGGGGACGAUUCUGAGGAUUGCUACUCAGGGCCAUCUAGGUCGAGUAUAGCGGAUCUUAUGCGGCAAGGACUGAGACGAACCUUAACGUCCAUCUCUGUCCUUGGUCGAAAGACUCCUAAUGUAACAGAGCAUUAUACCCUCGGCCGGCAGCUUGGAGAGGGUCUCACUGGGACAACCUACCUCUGCACCGAGAUCAGCACUGGUUGUCAGUAUGCAUGCAAGUCCAUCUUGAAGACAAAGUUCCGGAACAUGCAAGAUAUCGAAGAUGUGCGCCGUGAGAUCCAGAUAAUGCACUACCUUUCAGGCCAAAAUGAUACAGUCACCAUCAAGGAUGUGUAUGAGGAUGAGGAGGCCGUGCACAUUGUCAUGGAGCUCUGUGAAGGUGGUGAGCUAUAUGACCGGAUUAAGAAGGGGAAUUACAGUGAGCAGAAGGCUGCAGAUCUUAUAAGAAUUAUUGUUGGCAUCAUAGAGAACUUCCAUUCACUUGGUGUGAUGCACCGGGAUCUCAAGCCAGAAAACUUCCUCUUACAGGAUAAAGACGAUGAUUUGUCAAUAAAAGUAAUUGACUUUGGUCUCUCUGUGUUCUUCAAACCAGGUGAGGUUUUCACUGAAACAGUUGGAAGUCCAUAUUAUAUUGCUCCAGAGGUAUUGCAGAAGCAUUAUGGACCGGAGGCUGAUGUAUGGACAGCUGGAGUGAUACUCUAUGUAUUGCUAAGUGGCGUGCCACCGUUUUGGGCAGAUACACAUGAAGGUGUACUUGACAAAGUGCGGGAUGGGCAUUUUGAUUUUGAAUCAGACCAGUGGCACAGGAUUUCAGACAGUGCAAAGGAUCUUAUAAGAAAAAUGCUAUGCCCCUGUCCAUCGGAGAGAUUGAAAGCCCAUGAAGUUCUAAAGCAUCCUUGGAUAUGUGAUAAUGGAGUGGCUACUCAUCAAACUCUAGAUCCAACUGUUCUUUCUCGUAUCGACAAAUUAUCUGCAGCGAAUAAAUCAAAGAAAUUGGCUCUACAGGUUAUUGCUAAGCAUCUUUCAGAAGAGGAGAUUGGUAGGUUGAGAGGAAUGUUCAAGGCAGUGGACAAUGGAAACAGUGGUGCGAUUACUUUGGCUGAGCUUAAAGAAGGGUUGAGGAAAUGUGGCUUAGUGUUUAAAAAUAUUGAGAUUAGUGAUAUCAUGGAAGCGGAUGAUUAUGACAACAACAUCAAUAUCAAUUGGGAAGAGUUUAUUGCUGCAACAGUGCCCCUAAUUAAAAUAGAACACAAAGAAUAUUUGACGGAAGAUUUUACAUAUUUCGACAAAGAUGGAAGUGGUUAUAUCACUGUCGACGAGCUUCAAAAGGCUUCCAUGGAACACAAGAUGGAAGAUACUUUCCUUGAGGACAUCAUUUACGAGGUCGAUCAAAACAACGAUGGCCGGGCCAACUAUGGUGAGUUCAUCACAAUGAUGCAAAGCGAUAACUCUGGACUGAGGGAGGCACCUGAAGUUUACUGA